CCUUCACCAAACAAACACAUUUUCCCUCCAACAUUACACACACAUCCACCAUAUCCAUAUCCAUCACCACUCUCACAAAGACCUAGCUAUACCAUGGGCUCCCUGGUGGGACACGUGGUUCCAGGUUUUGGCUUCUUCAUAAUUGGUUUGUGGCACCUCUUCAACCACAUAAAGCUUCACAUUCUCAACCCCAACACUUACAACGGUCCACCAUGGUUCCCUGCUCCAAACUUCAAAUACUUGGAGCUCCUCCUCAUCAUGGCGGGCACUACCGCCUCUGUGGCAAUGGAACUCUUUAUCGGCCCCGCCCGCCACCAACCGCUCGACCCCGAUGGAACCAUCCCCUCCAACCACCUCCACAACUUCGAGCACUCCUCCAUCUCCAUGACAUUCUUCACCUACGCAGCCUUCGCCAUCAUUCUCCACCGCAGCCGCGUGCGUAUUCACCAAAGCCUAACACAGCUCCUAGCUGCCGUAGCUUUUGCUCAACAAUUUCUUCUCUUCCACUUCCAUUCUGCAGACCACAUGGGACCAGAAGGACAGUACCACCUUAUGCUGCAGCUUAUCGUCUUCGUUUCACUCUCCACCAGCAUCAUAGGUAUUGGCUUUCCCAGUAGCUUCUUGGUGAACUUUGUUCGCUCCGUGAGCAUACUCUCCAUAGGACUUUGGCUCAUGGUGAUGGGUAUCAUGGUGUGGACACCAGCCUUUAUAGCCAAAGGUUGUUUUCUCAACUACGAGGCCGGUCACCAGGUUGUGAGGUGCUCCGCCCAUGAGGCUCAGCACCGUGCUAAUGCGCUCGUCAACGUGCUCUUCAGCUGGUUCUUCAUCGCCGUCGCGGUUUUCGCCGUUUCUCUAUAUAUGGUUCUGGUCAAGGUUUAUGGUGGUGAGAUGAAGAAGGUGGUGUAUUUUUCGUUGGGGAAUGAGGUGGAUGAAGAAGAGUCAAACGACGACAUGGAGUCUCAAAAGGGAAAAAGCACAACACAUGGCAGCAAUGUCACGAGUUUUAUUCACGCGGAGAAGAAAGUUCUUUCUCAAAUGAACAUGGAAAGGUAGGGUAUGGUGAUGCAUGUUGAAGCUAUGUAUUAAUUAAUCAUUUAAUUGAGAGGGUUAUCGAUCAUGUGUUGAUUUAUUCAUGUGUGUGUACGAUUCUGUUAAUUAAUUAGGGUGGUGGGUUCCACCUUGUUUUAAUUAGGAAUUAAA